CAUAAUUAUCAUAUGUUACUGACGUCAUUUUUAUUAUGGCUGCCGCCCAAAAUGACGAAAAUUAAGGGCUGUAAUUUUUUACUUUUUUAAAGAAACCGACAAAAUAGAACAAAAAAGAUUUGACGAUCACAAAUAUCUAAAUUUAUAAUAAAAGCUCAAAUACGUGCAAUGGUGUUUAUUGAUAAAUAAAGUGACUUAAAGAAGAUUGCAGUUGACAAAAAACAAUGCCUGUUUUAUCACCACAUCACUCUUCUCCAAGCUAUAGGACUAGUUUUAAUAGUACUCUGGAUAGACCACCGUACUAUUCCACCACGUCCAUUAGUCCAAGAAUUUCUAGUUAUUCUGAAAGAUUUACUACAAGAUCAUACAUAGAUUCAGAAGGACAUCGAACUAUUUCAAGGAGUGGCAGUAUAACAGAAGAUGGUGUUAAGACCCGUUUUAAAGAGGAGAUUAGGGAUGGUAGCAUCAGGCGCGACUCCUUGUCCAGAGACUCAGGGGUGAGUUCCAUUAGAGAAAACUCACUUUUGGAGUUUGGUCGUCAUCGAGAAGGCUCUCUGUCCAGAGACAACUCAAGACUCUCUUCAGUAGAUAUCAUCGAUGAACUGGCUGACUUUAGGAAACAAUACUCGCCUUCCAACUAUGUGCCUGCCAUCCAUCGUAAGAAUGACAACAUUGGGCGUUCAAAAUCCAUCAAUGACAUUGGCCUGCCACCCAUUGAGAAGGCUAAGAAAAAGGUAACUGAGGGUGUCAAUGCUAACAUGAGUGUGUCGCCCACUACCACAGCUACUAACGAUAAUUCCUGCAAUAAUGAUGACAAUGGCAACAGGGCUUCUGUCGCCGACCUUCGGAAGAGAUUCGAUAAGAUACCUGAGAACAAAAUUUCCAAAUCUGCUGUGACAAUAGACACCUCUGAAGUCAAAUUGUCUGAUAACAAAUUCAAAAUCCUUGACCAGUCCAAUCUAAAGGUGAACGGUGAUAAAAUUCCCAACGGAUUGAGAACUGUGAAAAGGACCAGCCCUCCCAAACCUUCAAUCAAGAAGACAUCGGUUAAAAAUGAUGAUCCUAAGCAAGAACACAUAGAGAAGAUAGCAGGGGUACACAAAGAAGUCAGCGAACAGACCAAAUCCAGUGUCGAGAGGCAAAAGAACACUGUUGAAAAGAAGAACACCGAUAAGAAAACUGGCUUGACCAUAGACAAAAAAACAAUGUUGGAGAAACAGAAAACAAAAGCCGUUUUGUCAAAAGAUGUUGUCGUCUCUGACGUUUUGAAUGCCAAAAUUGACGGUGAGAAGCAGGGCAAAUUGACGAAUGGUGUGGCUGACCUAAAGAGGAACGCGUUGGAUACCAGUAAAGAGAAUGAAGAUGGAGAGGUUAAGGAUAAAGUGGAUGUUAUCGGCGUCGAUCUGUCAAGCCAGAGCCUGAGCGAAGAUUGCAUUUCUCCUAGUGUAUCCAGAACAAACAAUUUUGCCUCCUAUAUAUCUAGCAAGAAUCUGGAGGGUGGGGAUAAACAGUCUGCGGUUGCCCUUGAAAGUAGCAGCGAGUUGAAGGCUGGUUAUAUCGACAAGUCUUUGCUGUACCAAAAGGCGUCAUCACCCAAAACCACCAAAAGCAGGCUGUCUCCAUCUUCUUCAUUGACAACAAGUAGUGUUGGCACUUCUGGUGUGUUGAACUCGAAUAGUCUAGGUAGAAAAUCAGUUGAGAGAGAAAAACGCAGUGGAAUCUUCGACGAAGACUCUUACGAGAGGUCUCCUGGACUCAGUUAUAGACUAGGAACAAGUAGUCCGACAACUGUUUGUGCAACAACAGUGAAGACACUGGGGCUUAAUGGCCUCAAGAAUAUUGGAAACACAUGUUUUAUGAAUUCUGUCAUUCAAUGUUUAUCCAACACAAGACAAUUGUCGGAGUAUCUUCGGCAGGAUGCCUACAUCAGGGACAUCAACACCACAAAUUCAAGCAUGAAGGGCUCCCUCAUUAAAGCAUUUGCGGAAGUGAUCAAGGAACUGUGGGCGGAGGAUUCUUGCGAUAGGGCGGUGAACACAGCCUCUCUCAAGGGUCAAAUACAGAGGUUCGCGCCGAGAUUCAUGGGUUUUGCUCAGCAAGAUGCCCAGGAGUUCCUGCGUUACCUGCUGGAGGGCCUCCAUGAGGAUGUGAACAGAGUUACAGAAAAACCCAAACCUAUACAUACAGAAAUCGACGAUAAGUUGAAUGACCUUGAAAAGUCCGCGGAAUCAUGGAACCGUUAUCUUCGCAUGGACAAUUCCCGCAUCGUUGACAUCUUUGUCGGUCAACUGAAGUCGACUUUGAAGUGCACCUUCUGUGGGCACUGUUCUGUAACCUUUGAUCCCUUUUGGGAUCUAUCACUGCCCAUGCCAACUCGCACUGGACAAUUAAGGCUCUCCCAGUGCCUCGAAUCCUUCACUAGAGAGGAGACUCUGGAUGGGGAUGAAAAACCGACCUGCUCCAAAUGCAAGGAACGACGGAAAUGUACGAAAUCCUUUUCGAUACAGAAGUUCCCGAGAAUAUUAGUCAUUCAUUUGAAGCGUUUCUCACCUACAGAAAGAUUCAGAGGCAAAUUAAGUGUCACAGUGGAUUUUCCUCUAGAAGGACUAGAUAUGAGCAAGUAUGCUGCAGAAGAGGCUACAGUCAGUAAAUACAAUCUGUACGCUGUUUCCAAUCAUAGCGGUACGACUUACAGCGGACACUAUACAGCGUAUUGCAGACAUCCCUAUGCUAUGUCGUGGCACGAAUAUAACGAUUCUAGAGUGAACAGUGUUUCUCCAAGAUCAGUGGUGAGCAGUGAAGCCUAUGUCCUCUUCUAUGAACAAGAGGGUCAGAAGUAGCACUUGUAGUAUUGUCUUCUGAGGAUCGAAGGAAGGACAAAAAUGCCAUUGUAACUUUAUUUUUCCCUUGUUUUUGAUUUUCGCGAAGGGGACCUCUGGUACAAAAAAUGUAUUCUAUAUUUAUCUAAUUUAUUUUUCACUUUAGAUUGAUACUGGUGGAGUUUAUAUUGAAAAUGUCAAUGAGCUAAAUUAUCUGAAAAUCCAUUCUUUUAUAAAUGAUACAUUUUAACCGAGUUAAAUAUACAGAAAAUUCUGUAUUUCGUAUUAAAACAUUUUCAAAGUAAAUAAUAAAAACUGAGUUUUCGAUAUCAGAAUUCGCGGAUGUUGCAGGGAAAUUGAAUUUGCAUAUAACAGUCCAAAACUCAUAUCUAUUUGUUCAUUAGUAGAACUCGGUUGUAAUUUCUGUACUACAAGGGAUUUUAAUAUGUUGAAUUUUUCAAUUAUACCCACUGUUCAUAAAUUAAUUCAUGAAAAUUUUUAAUAAUAGAAGAACGAAUUUUUGAUAUACAUUAAUUAAAAAAACUCAAUGUUAGAAUUCCUUGCAAUUCGUAAAGUCUUAAUGGCUUAUUGAUGAAUUAAUUGAGUGAAAAGAAAAAAAAUGUUUUUGGAUAAAUAUGGAAAAUCAAGACUACUAAAUCCUUGCAGCAAUUUAUUUUAUUAUUAUAUGUUCAAAAAGUAAUUUUUCAUUGACUUUUGUAACAGUCUCAUCUAUUUGCAAAAGUACAUACAACCUUAUUUUGAUUUAUUUUUAGAGAAUUGCAUUUUCAAUUUAUUGUAUAAAAUCAGCAAUGUCAUGUCCUAGUUAAAUUUUUUUUAUUUAAAAUGAUAAACUGAAGUUGAUUCCCUGAACAAACUACUAAAGAAAGUUUCCAUCUAAUAAACAUUUAAAUUUUUUGCUUCAGGAGCUAGCUUCAAGAUCUUUGUACUUGAAACCAGAGACAAUCCUCAUUGAAAAAACACCUUGUGUAUCUGUUAUAUUUAUUUCUCCUAUGUGAUUUGCAACUUAUACUCUUGUAUUUAUAUUAUCGUACUACUGUUGAUAUUUCGGAGAUUUUAAAGAACAAAAUAUAUUAAUUUAUUUAUAUUUUUCAAAUUAUGACUAUUUUGAAUAUAGUCGGUAUUUGUAUUGUUAGCUGGAGAAGAAAUUAUUGGAUAAAUGUUUGUGUAGAAAAACUGAUGCACAAAUUCAAAGCGGCCAUGUCCUGUUUAAGUUUUCAAUUGUUGCCUAAAUGAACAAAUCCAGAAUCGUAUUUUCAGAUAUUUGACUUGUGUAAAUCUGGAUUAAUUUUCUACCUCUUAAAUUUUGAGCAGCUUCUUUAGUGUUUUAGAACAAAGGUACUAAACUACAUAGAGUUGAUUUAUGAUAAACUAUGGUUACCAAAAUUAGACAAAUCAAAGAUGAGCACUUUCAAUGCAAGAGAUUAUUUGAAAAUAAUUAUUGAAAGGCUUCAAAUUUAAAAAUUGUUCAAGCACUAACUUACAAUAAAAUGUUUGCAAAAAUU